AUGAAGGUCUCAAUCCUCGGUCUCCUGACCCUCUCAGCAUUCGCUUCCGCCUGCGCGAGCUACGAAAGCUGCCACUGCUACGACAGCAACGGCAUUCCCAACAACGGCGCCACCCAGGCCGUCUGCGACCACUUCAAGGGAGGAACAGAGCCUAACACGCGAGAGUACGGUGCCAACACCCAGUACAAGGAGUGCAACGUCAAGACUUUUGGUGGCGGUGCUUCUAGUUUCGAUAACUGCGACUGGAGACGCAGAUGUCAGAGUGCUGGCGCGACUGGUGCUGAUUCUUCUUGCCGGAGCAAGUUUCCCUAG